UUUGUCUGUAGGACUGCUAUCACACGCAACGAGGUUCACAAAUAUAUAAACACACCUGUCAUUCUAAAUGACCCAGGAAUCAGUCCCUGUCAUUUUUGAGAACUUGAGCAAAGUCAGGAUGACAUACAGAGCAGGUUUACGGUCUGUGGCAUUCGUCUGGAUGGGGGUUCUGAUGCAAGGCUUGGAUGCAGGACGUGCGCCAAAGAAGCACUCUGCUGUUUCAUGCCGACCCAAAGAGCUGACGGCCCUCACCAAAACCCUGGUAGUAGCGAGCUUGAAAUUGUUUGAUAAAGAUAAUGGGGAGCCCCUGGGCAUCUGGGCCCCUGGAUUCCCUGAGCUCCAGGUGGAGAAAGACUCUCCCCCCCAGGGGUCAAAGGUCCAGUGCAGCCUCCUCUUCAUGGCUCAAGGCCUGAAGAAAGUCCUGGAGGACCAGAGGGACAACCUCAACCCGAAUAGUGUUGAACUUCACAAGAAGCUCGGCAGCACCGUUUCCAACGUCAACCUGCUGGCAGCGUGUGCAAAGCAUACCCUCGGAGGGGAGUGCUCCCUGAAGCCACCCCCGCCCCAAAUGCCCAAGGAUGCGUUUAAAAAGAAGCAGUGGAGUCACACUCUGCUGAUGACGGCCAGGGCCUAUCUGGACUGGCUGGAGCUUAAGUUUGGGCAACAGAGUUCAAAGGUCAAAGGGAAAAAAAUGAUUCAACAUAAAGCUCUUCAGAAGAAGCCCACUCCUCAGAAGUACCUGGAGGGCAGCGGGUACCUCUUGUAAUCUCUGUUGGUGAUGCAGAAACACUUACAGUCUAUGGCAGCUUUUUAUAAUAGUUGAAAUACUUUUUAAUGUUUAUUUGUAAUGUAAACAACUUGUUUUUUUAAUGCAUUUGGGACAUUUGAAAUGUACCACUUUUUAUAUUGAGUUUGAAUGAAUGAAUACAUUUAGUACAAAUGUAGUAUCAAAAAUAAUGAUUAAAUCACAGGUAGAUAAAAUAAAGUAUUUUCCAAAAUGUGAAUUAUGCUAUGGAAUUAUGGCUUUGUUCAAAUAAACUUGCUACUUCUCAGCAGCUGACAUAA